AUGGAAUACAAACAUUUACAAGUACAUAAACAAGCAGUAAAUGCAUUGUCAGUAAUUGAAAAUACCGAUUAUAUUCUAAGCGGGUGUGCAGAUGGAAGAUUAGCACUUUCACAUAUUGAUGGAGAGAUCAUUAAUUUCCCAAAAGAACAUAGUGGUUCGAUUAAUAGUAUAGAUCAUGUAGAUGAAACCAUCUUUACUGGAGGAUCAUUGGAUACUAUUAUACAAUGGGAUAUGGUUAAACAAACCAAAUUGAAUCGAUUUCGAACUGAUAGUAUAUCUGCACAAAAUAAUGAUGUAAUGGAUAUUAAAGUGUAUGGCGAUAUUUUAAUGUCUUGUGGUACAAAUUGUCAAUUAAAUUUCCAUGAUUUAAAAAAUAAACAGGGAGGAAAGCCUGUGUGGAGUUUAAAACAUGCAGAAGAUGCAUUAAUGACAUUUGAUUAUUGUCCUCAAACCAACUUUGUUUGUGCUGGUUCAUUAGAUGGUAGGUUAUAUUCAUAUGAUCUUCGGAGAUCAGAUGUAAUUAUAGAUACUAUAGAAAAUGAGAAAAUUGAUGAUGUAUCAACUUCUAUAUUGGAUGUUGAAAUAUACCAGUCUUAUAUUCUUAUUUCAUUAGAAAAUGGGAAAGUUCAACUUCGAGAUUUAAGAAACAUGGCAAUUGUACAAGAAAUUCAAGAAAAUAGAGUAAAACAUAAGUUUACAUCAAAAUUAAUUGAAGAUUAUCAUUCUGAUAAGAAACAAUAUUUAGUAAGUGGUUCCGAAACCGGUAGUUUAAAUAUCUGGUCUUUAGAGAGAAAAGUAAAAUCUCGUUCACCACAAAUAUUUAAAACACUGAAGACUUCUCCAUCUUCACAAGCAGAAGGGGCUAUAUUGAGUAAUAUUGGGUUUACAAGAAGUUCUAAUAGACUUGUAAGUUCUGGUGGAGAUGGUAGUAUACAUAUCUGGGAUAAUGUGAUAUAA